AGAUACAGAUACAAAUCUGAAUGAAAUGUCGCCGCGGCUUAUCAGAUAAGUUUGGAGCGCGCUAGAGUGCGGUUGCAGCUGCUCUCGGGACUCGGAACUCGAAAUCGAAAUCAGAAUCGUACUAGGAAUCAGUAUUAAAAUCAAUUUCGAUAAGUUAUAGAAGUCGGGCCCCUCCGAACGGCCAGGUUUGGAUUACGGAUCUCGACCUCGUCGGUAAUUUGGUGCGUUUGCGUGCCAGUCGAGAAUCUGGAAUCGAGUAUCUAGAAUCGAGAAGCGCGAGUCCCCUAGACCUGUCCCUCUGCCCUAUCGCCUCCAAUAAAUUAUUAUAAUUAGCAUAGUUGAGGAGGGGACAUCGAGAAUCGAAGCCGCAGUUAAACGGCAGUGGAAUUUAGCGCUGUUAGUGGAAAUUUUGUGAAAACAAAAGGGGAAAAAUUCCAGGCGGCCGGCGUUAUGUCCGCUGGCAAUUUUAGCCAAGAUCUUGGACCACCACGGGAUCCGCUGGCGAUCGUGAUACCCGUAACGGUGGUCUAUACCUUGAUUUUCAUUACUGGCGUAGUUGGAAAUAUAAGUACGUGCAUCGUGAUCAAGAAAAACCGAUCGAUGCACACGGCUACGAAUUACUACCUCUUUUCGUUGGCCAUCUCGGAUUUCCUGCUUCUGAUAUCGGGAGUUCCCCAGGAGGUUUCCUACAUUUGGUCCAAGUACCCGUAUGUUUUCGGCGAAUACAUCUGCAUUGGACGUGGCCUGUUAGCGGAGACAUCGGCGAAUGCCACGGUCCUGACGAUUACUGCUUUUACAGUGGAGCGAUAUAUAGCUAUUUGCCAUCCGUUUUUGGGCCAAGCCAUGAGCAAGCUCAGUCGUGCUAUUAGGAUUAUUAUACUGAUUUGGAUUACAGCCGUGAUUACGGCCAUUCCUCAGGCUGCUCAAUUCGGAAUCGAGAGCUUUUCGGGAAUAGAGCAGUGUGGCAUAGUGCGUGUUAUUGUGAAGCACUCGUUCCAGUUGUCUACCUUCAUCUUCUUCCUGGCUCCGAUGUCCAUUAUCCUGGUGCUGUAUCUGCUGAUCGGUGUCCAUCUGUAUCGAUCGACUUUGGUAGAGGGUCCUGCCUCGGCUGCCCGUCGCCAGCAGCUGAAGAGCGUGCCCAGCGAUACGAUCCUGUACCGCUAUGCUGGAUCUAGUACCGCUAUGAAUCUAAACGGAGGAGGAGGAGGAGCUGGUCUAAUCGGCGGCUCAGGAGCACAACUCAGCUCGGUGAGGGGUCGACUCAAUCACUUUGGCACCCGGCGAGUACUCAGGAUGUUAGUGGCCGUUGUGGUAUGCUUCUUCCUGUGCUGGGCCCCUUUCCAUGCCCAGCGACUGAUUGCCAUCUACGCCCCUGCACGGGGUGCCAAACUGCGGGAACAGCACGAGUUUGUCUACACGGUGAUGACCUACAUCUCCGGAGUGCUCUACUACCUUUCCACCUGCUGCAAUCCGCUGUUGUAUAACAUCAUGAGCCACAAGUUCCGAGAGGCCUUCAAGGCUGUGCUUUUUGGCAAGAAGGUGUCCAAAGGUUCGUUGAACUCGCGAAAUAACAUCGAAUCGCGUCGUUUAAGAAGGGCACUAACCAAUUCCAGUCAGACGCAGCGCGUCUCUAUUGAGUCGGCGGAGCAGCCGAAGCAGUCGUCGUUAAUGCAGAAUCCGAUGAACAAGCCGCUAGUCGCCUCCCAGUACGCCAUGAUCAAUGCCCAAGUCAUCUGAGAAACACAAACUGAUUUUCUCGUGCAGCUUCCUGAUGCUAAUUUAUUUGAAUUCUGUUUAAGCCAGUUAUUUGCCGUCGUUAAGGGUCUCAAACCGCUAUUGCUGCUGCUGCUACCAAAGCGUUUAGUUUAAACUGCUUUUGCAUUCAUUUGCAUUUGGCAAUUAGAAGUUAAUCACAACCCCCUCUCUCUCUCGCUCUCUCUCUUAAAUAGUAAGUUUUCCAUUCAUGCAGCAUCGGUUGACGAAGUUGAAACAGGCUGGAAAAACGCCUGAACUAGUCUUUCAAGUAUUCAGAAUUAUUUAGUAUAAGAAUAGUCGAACUUUUGACUCAUACUAAUCAACAAUAGACGCUCUUUUAAUUAAACCUUGAUCAGUGCUUUCGUGGGGCUUACUCUUAAAAAUGCCUGAGAGGUUUAUAACUUUAAUAAUAUUUAAUGCUGUUAUAAAACAAAUACUAUGAGAACGCCCACCAUUUAAAUAUAAUAAUGCAACUUGAAUAUAAAACCAAUGCAAAAACACUAGAAAAUUGCAAUUAGAAUUCUGUUUUUAAAGAAAUUCCUAAUUUUUAUAUAACCAAAUGUUUUCCAAACAUACCAAAGCGUUAGAGUGUGCUUUUAAAGUCUAUUGUUAAGAUAAUUCAAAGAAAGCAUUAAUUUUAUAUUCCCAAAUAUGUAAGUUUAAGAAAUUGCGAAAGCAUUUUUAAAAAAUAAGAUUUUAAAUUAACUGUAAUCAGCAUCAAACUCAAUUCAAAUGACGGACAUAGUUCGCUUGCUAAUCAGAUAUUUAUAUGUAUAUUGUGUAUAUAUCCUAGGGAUACCUUAAAGGAUAAAUUUGCUGUAUUAAGAUUAUACCCAUUGCUGCAAAUAAAGCUUAGCAUAUUCCAUGUCCGCUUA